AUGCCCACUAACUUCACUGUGGUCCCAGUGAGUGAUGCCGAAAGUAAUAGCAACAAUGUGACUGCAACUGGAGGUGACAAACCUAUCAGUCUCAACAAUAUUUUUAGAGAUGAAGAUAACUCGGAUGGAUCUCAAUCAGGAGAUGACAGUCAAAGGGAGUCACGGCCGUUUAUCAACUUGGAUCAUGACAUGGAACACUAUGAUGGCAAGAACAUGGCCUUGUUUGAGGAAGAAAUGGAGAGUAACCCAAUGGUGUCGUCUCUUCUAAGCAAGCUAGCCCAUUACACCAAUCUCACCCAAGGUGUUCGGGAACAUGAAGAAGCUGAAGAUGGGCUUAGAAAGGUCGCCAUCACGGUGCCCCAAAUGGGAACGUUUAUCGGGGUGUAUCUGCCCUGCCUGCAGAACAUUCUGGGUGUCAUUCUUUUCUUGCGUCUCACCUGGAUUGUCGGAACAGCAGGAAUCCUGGGCUCCUUCGCCAUUGUCUCUAUGUGCUGCAUUUGUACAUUACUCACAGCUAUAUCAAUGAGUGCCAUAGCAACAAAUGGAGUUGUCCCAGCGGGCGGCUCUUACUACAUGAUCUCCAGAUCAUUGGGACCAGAGUUUGGGGGCGCAGUUGGUCUCUGUUUCUACCUGGGUACCACCUUUGCUGGAUCUCUUUACAUAUUAGGCACCAUUGAGAUCCUCCUGACAUACAUUGUUCCAACAGCAACGGUAUUUGAGGCCAAAGGUAUAGAAGGUGGAGAAACGGCAGCGCUUAACAAUAUGCGAGUCUACGGAACAUGUUGCUUGCUUCUGAUGGCACUUAUUGUGUUUGUGGGAGUAAAGUAUGUGAACAAACUGGCUCUAGUCUUUCUGGCCUGUGUCAUGCUCUCCAUCAUGGCCACCUAUGCAGGAGUCAUCAAGACAGUCAUUGAGCCACCAGAGUUCACUGUGUGUCUUCUAGGAAACCGUUCGCUGAAGAACGACAAGUUCGAAGUGUGCGCAAAGACUGAGGUGGUGAACAACCAGACGUUAACCACUGAUCUUUGGAGACUUUUCUGUAACAGCGAACACCUAAACGCCACCUGUGAUGACUAUUUCAGUCUGAAUAAUGUGACAGAGAUACCAGCUAUUCCAGGUCUCUUAAGUGGAGUUCUUAAAGACAACUUAUGGGGUGACUAUGGGCCAGCUCGUACAGUAAUAGAAAAGAAAAAUCAGGAUUCUGUACCAGCUCAAGACACUUCUGGUGAUAUAUAUAAACCCUACGUCUUCAGUGACAUCACCACCUUCUUCACACUGCUGGUGGGAAUAUAUUUCCCCUCAGUUACAGGUAUAAUGGCUGGCUCAAACAGAUCUGGUGAUCUAAGAGAUGCCCAGCGGUCAAUACCAAUUGGAACUAUAAUGGCCAUUCUCACCACCUCUUUCUUCUAUAUCUCCUGUGUAGUAUUGUUUGGCGCAUGUAUAGAGGGUGUUGUGCUGAGAGACAAGUUUGGGGACUCUGUCAAGAAAAACCCAGUAAUUGGUGUGCUGGCUUGGCCAUCACCUUGGGUUAUUGUGAUUGGCUCAUUCUUUUCUUGUUGUGGGGCGGGGCUUCAAAGCCUGACUGGUGCGCCCCGACUUUUACAGGCCAUCGCUCGUGAUGGGAUCAUCCCAUUUUUACAGAUUUUUGGUCAUGGCAAAGCCAAUGGAGAGCCCACCUGGGCUCUUUUGCUAACAGUUGGUAUCUGUGAAAUAGGAAUACUCAUUGCUUCUUUGGAUGAUGUGGCUCCAAUUCUCUCCAUGUUUUUCCUUAUGUGCUAUCUGUUUGUAAACCUGGCCUGUGCGGUCCAGACUUUACUCCGAACCCCCAACUGGAGACCUCGCUUCAAAUUCUAUCACUGGACCCUGUCUUUCCUAGGGAUGAGUCUGUGUUUGUCUCUCAUGUUUAUCUCCUCCUGGUAUUAUGCCCUGGUCGCCAUGGUUAUUGCUGGCUGCAUCUACAAGUACAUUGAGUACAGAGGGGCAGAAAAGGAGUGGGGAGAUGGUCUCCGAGGUCUAUCCUUAAAUGCAGCACGUUAUGCUCUAACUCAUCUCGAGGAAUCACCACUACACACCAAGAACUGGAGGCCCCAGCUAUUGGUGUUGUGCAAGCUGGACUCACAACUCGCAGUGAAACAUCCACGUCUCCUGUCCUUCACGACACAACUAAAGGCAGGCAAAGGGCUUACCAUCGUCUGUUCUGUACUGGAAGGAACAUACAUGACUCGCGGGUCUCAUGCCAAGACGGGAGAGCAGAACCUAAAAGCAGCCAUGGCCGCAGAAAAGACUAAAGGUUUCUCCCACGUAGUAGUAUCCUCCAACCUGCGAGAUGGUUUCUCUUUACUCAUCCAGUCAGCUGGGCUGGGAGGAAUGAAGCACAACGCCGUUUUGAUGGCAUGGCCAGCAGGCUGGAAACAGGCGAGAGACUUUUCCUCAAGGAGGAACUUUAUUGAGACUGUGAGGGAGACAACAGAAGCCCAUCAGGCUCUACUAGUUGCUAAGAACAUCGACCACUUUCCAAGUAACCAGGACCGACUGAAGGAAGGGACCAUCGAUGUGUGGUGGAUUGUCCAUGAUGGUGGACUGCUAAUGCUGCUGCCAUUUUUGAUCAGUCAACAUAAGGUAUGGAGGAAGUGCAAAAUGCGCAUCUUCACAGUGGCACAAAUGGAUGACAAUUCCAUCCAGAUGAAGAAAGAUCUCCAGAUGUUCUUGUAUCAUUUACGUCUGGAUGCAGUAGUAGAGGUGGUUGAAAUGCACGACAGUGAUAUCUCAGCUUUCACCUAUGAGAAGACACUGGUGAUGGAGCAAAGAUCGCAAAUGCUCAAACAAAUGCAGUUAUCACGCACAGAACGGGAGAGAGAGGCUCAAUUGAUCCACGAUCGGAAUACAGCAUCACAUUCCACAAAGGAAGACAAAACUUUAACAGACAAACCAGAUCGCGUCCACAUGACUUGGACCAAAGACAAAAUCAUUAAUGAGAGAAAUAAACACAGGGAAGGAAUGGGUGUAAAAGACAUGUUCAACAUGAAACCUGAGUGGGAGAAUCUCAACCAGUCAAAUGUGAGAAGGAUGCAUACGGCUGUGAAGUUGAAUGAGGUGGUGCUCAAGAAAUCCCAAGAUUCACAGCUUGUGUUGCUCAACAUGCCAGGCCCACCGAAGAACAAAAAAGGAGAUGAAAACUAUAUGGAGUUUCUAGAAGUUCUAAUGGAAGGACUUAAUCGUGUCUUAUUGGUUCGUGGAGGAGGACGCGAGGUCAUCACCAUCUACUCUUAG